AUCGCUGCGCCAGCAAAAAUGGCCUGGCGCCGCGGCACCCAAAACCAGCAAGCCGGCGCCAUACGCAAGGGCCACGUGAAGGAGUUCCUCGUGCCGUCGUCGAAAAAACUCGCCACCGAGGAGGAGCAGUGCGCGCUCAAAGUAGUAGACGCACCAACACAAUCCGCCUGCGCCUAUGCGCGCUACCGGGACCUACCACCGGCCUUCCGGGACGCGGUCGACGCGCACGGUUGUGUGCAUGUGCACUUCCAUGAGCACCCGGCGCACGUGCAACGCCUGGUCAUUGACGACAGCAUACCCGAAGGCUGCAUCUCUCUAAAUGACGUCCAGCGCCUGAAUAACCGCGUGUGCGUCCACGACGCGCCGUCGAUGACGCUCUAUCGCGGGCGGCACGAGGCGCUGGACGCGCGCGAGGCCGCCAUCGGCGCCACGGACGUUGUGGUCAAGCCCGACUCGGAGCUCGCGGCGGUGGUCUUCGAGGUGCGGCGCCGCGACGCGUCAAAGGACGUUUCAAUAGAUGCGGUCAAGUUGAGUGCGUCGCUCGGGAAGCACUGCUUCGGGUGCGUCGUGACGGUGCCCGAGGUCCACGUCCUGACGAUUGAUGAUGUCGUUGUCGUGGCGCGCGUCGUGGAAGUGCGGGCGGACCGGGAGGACGAUGACGACGAGGAUAAUGAUGACGACGACGAGUAUCGGGGCGUGGUCACGGCCUCGACGGCCGCCUACGUGAUUACCGACGGCGCGGCGCCGCCCGGGACGCGCAUUUUACUGGAGAAUGGAGUCGAGGUGCCCCCGAAAAAUCAGCAGGUCGACUGCGUGGACGUGACCUGUUCUGAUGACGAGGUCUUCCCCGUGAAGCGCGCGUUGCUACGACCGUGCCUCGCCCUGACCAAGGCCGCGCAGGCCGGCAGGGGCAAGUACACGAGUGCGGAGGAAAUACGAGUGCCGCUCGACUGCUGCACUUUUGAUCGGGUGUUACUGUAUCUGCAGCACGAGAGGCGGGGGGCGCCGUUCCGCUUCGACCCGACGCUCGCCCCGGAAUUGUUAGAAGCGGCCCUCGCUCUCAAAAUACGGGGCCUCGAGGAAGAUUGCAGGAAGGUGCUCGGGAGCUUCGAGGAGAGGGUGAGAAAGUCCCCCAUUCGUUUGGAUGAGGUGCGGCGACGGAACGCGAAGGGUUCCCAGACGACGCCGCGCGGCGAGACCUGGCUGCUGCUCGACGGCAUGGUCCUCGAUAUUAGUAGAUGGCUGUCGGAGCAUCCUGGUGGGGACUCGAUUAUUCCGCAACAAGCCUUGAAUUGUGAUAGUACCGUGAUGUUCGAGCUGUACCACGUCUCGCGCCAGUCCUUUUUAUAUUUGCGCGAGUUUUACGUGGGCGAGCUGCACCCCGACGACCUGGCCGACGUGCCUUUGCCAAAUAAAUUGCCACCAGGAGGCGACGGCGGCGCGUCGCCGGCGUUCCUGGCGGAACUGAGGCGCCACACGCGGUGGCGCCUGACGAAGGAGGAGCUCGUGUUUCCGGCGUGGAAGAGCUUCUAG